UCUCCCGCCCACUCUACAUCCUCUUCCUCCUUCCCUUCAUAUGCCAGUGUCCAGUCAUCCGCGAACACCGCUAGAGAUAGAUCGUGGCUGUCUGAACAUUAACGCCUUGCAAAAUAUUCUGCUCUCUCUCCCGAGGGCAUGGCUCAGACUGUGAGAAACAACGGGUUGGCUGGCUUGAAGCUUGAGACGUCCUUUCAGCAUACCCAUAGACCUCGGUGGCGGGGUGAGGAUGGAGGCAGGGGAACGACGGAUGAGCGAGAUGGUAUCGAGGGCGAUCGUACAAACAUCUUUCACGAUUAUCACGCACCCCGUUGCGGUACUGAUGAAGACAACAGUGCUUUGAGUGGUCUGCACUCAGCGACACCCCCCAUCUCGGUACCCCGUCAUGAUGACUAUCCCAAGCAAAAUGUCGACUUUCCUCACAAGCCAGAGGACCUGCAGGCAUCAUCUCCGCUUGAUAGCUUUCUUCAGGAGCGCCGCCCUUCCAUCAGCUUCGACACCACCGCUGUCCUCGACUCUGGCCGACGUCGGCCGCUAGAGGAUCCUUUGGCGAGAGGAGACGCCCGGAACCGGACGCAAAGGUUCCAGGCAAGAAGUUCGAGCUUGAGGAACUCUCUACCUCAAGAAGACGAUGCUGACAACGACGGAAGGCAGGUGGGACUCAGUGCUAGCCUCAGGAGGCAGCGAGACCGACGAGCCGUCCCUACCGGGAUUCCUCGCGACAGUUUUCCCGAAGAGAAUGGCACUAUCGCAUCUGACAUUGAGCACCCUACAUCUCUCACCUCUGUGUCAACCGCAUCUCCGGUCACAGAGGAGUUGCGAACGCCCCCAGAAGAGUCUCGGGGAAUCUUAGCAUCACCUGUUUGUGUGGCAUCACCUGUACAGACAUUCGCAUCGCUCGAUGAUCGCAGCUCCUGGUCAGGCAGCGCCAUGACGCCCUUUGGGAGCAAAGCACGAGCCCUUCGGGUGUCUACACGCCAGCGGUCUCGCAGAUCUACCGCCUCGAGCAGCAAAUCUCCGGCGAGUAUGUUCCUUUCUAUGUGGAGCGCUGGUGGUGAGGAGCCAGCUCCGCAACCAGAUGAUGAAGGGCAAAUGGUCGGGACUGAGUAUGUCCUUGGAAAGCAGAUCGGAUUUGGUGGUUUCAGCACCGUGAAAGAGGCCUACAAGGUCGAGGAGAGUGGCAAAACGAAAAACCUCGCCGUCAAGAUUGUCAAGAAACAAAUCUCUGGACGGAGCGAGAAAGAAAAUGACGAAGUCCAAGCGGAGUUUGACCACGAAGUUCGAGUCUGGCGAUAUCUAAGCCAUCCCAACAUACUGACAUUGGACGCGGUCUACGAAACCGAUUACGCCACAUUCUGCUUCACGAAGCUGGCUAUUGGUGGCACACUCUUUGACCUCGUCCGACAGAACCGCCGUGGGUUGGACAUGGCACUGGCCAAGAAAUAUUCGUAUCAGCUCGCAUGCGCCCUGAGGUACCUGCACGAGGAUGCUCGAGUGGUUCACAGGGACAUUAAGCUGGAAAAUUGCUUGCUCGACCCUACCGAGUCACCUGAUGGAACACAGACAUCUACCCUCGUUCUCUGCGAUUUUGGGAUGGCAGAAUGGAUGAACACUGACAACGACGAUGCUUCUCCCGAUCCCUACGAUAACGCGGCGGACCGACCGCCGCCGAAGACUAUCGGCCCAGCUGGAUCCAGCACCAGCGUUGCGGGAAGCCUUGAAUAUGCUUCUCCCGAACUACUACUCUCCACUAAUGGAGUCAUCAGUCCUUCGGUGGACAUGUGGGCAUUUGGCGUCAUCGUCUUCACCGUCCUCGUCGGAUCACGGCCAUUCCAGGAUCCUUUCGCUCCUCGGAUCCAAUCGAAUAUCCUCAGCGGAAACUGGAACCAACACGCUGUUCUGGGUGACGAAGACGAUGGCCGGCUUCACCAGGAUAAACACGAUGCACUGGAGUUAAUAAUGGGUUGCUUACAUAUGAAUGUUAAUAAGCGGUGGACGAUCCGCGAUGUGCUAUGCUCUCGCUGGCUGCGGGAGUUUAGUGAAAGCGCCGAGGACAGCCCUACCGAGUCGGUGUGGAAGCUGUAAGCUUCGCUUCGUGAAGCUGCAAGGCUGCAGUGCCUCGACAUUAUACCCUCUCU